AUGAAUUAAUAACUAUUGUUCAACAGAGAAGAUUUAAUAGCUCUGAAAAAAAUAAUAAUAAUCAAUUAGUUAAUAUGAUAAAUUCUGAGUUAGCUAGUUUAAUUAACCAUAGCAAACUUAUUACUGACAAGUUAGAUACUUUUGAGAAGUUGCUAAGAAGUUCUAGUUCCAAUAUUUAUGAUAAAAGCAAUUUUUCUUCAUCACUUCAUGAUGAUGAAUCAAUUCAAAACGAAGAAUUAAUUGAAGAUGAAAGACAUUCUUAUCAUGAGACACAUCCAACUUUAAAAUCUAAAGCAUUAUUAAAAGCAUUGGAUCAAUAUUCUGAUACUGAAGAUUUGUGUUAUCUGAAAGAAGAAAUUAAACUCAUUCUUUCUAAAUGUUGUAUAUCACCAGAACUGCCAGAUGAGGAAUAUCAAGAACUUCAUCCACAAGAUAAAAAGCAAUUAAUUGUUACACCUAUAUAUUGGUGCUCAGAUGAGUCACUCUAUUCAAAAAGAAAAGAAAAGGAUAGUAGUAUGUUUAAGCGAGUAUAUCCUGAAUCUGAACAUUCGCAAUAUAAGGAAUUAAUUGGUCUUGCACCUGAUCGAUCACCUUUUCUUCCUGACUGGGCUUAA